UCAUUGAUGUGUUGCAGUAUUGUAUUGUAUUAUCCAGCUUUUCCAAUCCAAUCUCUUUACAAACCAACCCUCAAUAAUAAUCACACAACACACUAGCACACACUACUCUUCAUAACUACCAUUAACACACACCCCUACCUUUUUCAGAAAAACACUUACACAGUUACACAGUCUUCUUCAUUCUUCACCACCACCUCUCUCUCUAUAUAUAUAUUUCAAACGCGUCCAUUAAUAUCUUUCGGUGAGUUAGAAACAAACUUAGCCUCGUGGCAGUUGGGGGCAUUAUUAAUGCACUAUCCAUUCUCUUCACAUCCCAUUUAAUGUUUGGUUGCACAAACCUCACCUCAAUUCCAAAACCACCACCCCUUUUGGUCAUGUAAAACACACCACAACAUUAUACUCAGUCUCACAAACAUACAAUACAAUACAACCUUAAUCAUGCCAAAGCCUGUGUUUCAUUUCAUCCACGCAGCUCGUGCGAGGAAAUUAAAACAACAGAGACAUUCCUCCGAACUCAGACAUUAAUGGAUCCGUUCCGUGGAUUGUGUCUGAAUUCAGAAGAGACAGCAGAACAGCAUCAUGUGCAGAUGAAGUAAAGUGAAGUUCAAUUUACAAUCGAGCACCUGGAUCAACUAGUACAAGAUUGUUCCGGUUCUAGCUUAACUAGUAGUCUCAAAUUCAAGUCCUGGUAUCCAGCUGUAUUUUUCGUUAAAUACUUAAAGGAAGAAUUUUUUACUGUUUAUAGUAGUUCUAUCCGACCCGAACAAGAUUGUGUACUGUAAGAAUAUAUUUGUUUGUGUACAAAAAAAGUGAAGUUGAGUUUGUGAGAGUGAGUUUUAGCAUUCAUGGGAAUGGGAGGAAUUGCAGUGAGCGUGGUUACAGUGUUGUUGUUGAUGAUUGGAUUAACAAUGGGAAUGAGUUUGAGUUCGAGAACAGAAUGGUUUGCGUUAAGGGAGCUUCGACAAUCGUUGGAGAUUAGGGCAAAGUAUUGGCCAAUAAAAGCCGAACCGUGCGGGAACUGGACCGGGGUUCAGUGUCGGAACGGUCGAGUUGUGGGUAUAAACGUGUCAGGUUUGAGGAGAACAAGGUGGGGUAGGCUUAACCCAAGUUUUGAAGUGGAUUCUCUAGUGAAUUUCACACUCUUAGAAACGUUUAAUGCUUCUGGGUUUAAGCUUAAUGGGUCUAUUCCUGAGUGGUUGGGUGAGAGACUUGGUGUGUUGGAGGAGCUUGACCUUAGCCUUUGUUCUAUAAAGGGUUCAAUUCCUGAUUCAAUUGGGAGGUUGAGUAAGUUGAAAGUUUUGUUGCUUUCAGGGAAUUUUCUCACUGGUAGAAUGCCUUCGACCCUUGGGAACCUCACAAGGCUUUCUGUUCUUGAUCUCUCUGGCAACUCUCUUUCAUGGCCUGUGCCUGAUUCUGUGUCUAAACUUGGGAACCUCUCAAGGCUUGAUCUUUCUUAUAAUUUCUUGUCUGGGUCUGUUCCACCUGAACUGGGUGCCCUUUCGAGUCUUCAAUUUUUGAACCUUUCUGGGAAUUCUUUUACUGGGUCGGUUCCCUCUCAACUGGGUAACCUUUCCAAGUUGGUUGAGGUUGAUCUUAGUAUGAAUUUUCUGUCGAGGUCAUUGUCGGGUGGUUUGUUUUCUUCUGUGGUUUUGGCCCUCGAGGUUCUCAUUCUCAGAGGGAAUUUGUUAGAUGGUGUUCUUCCUGCUAAUUUGAGGUCAAUGCCUAGGUUGCACUUUCUUGAUGUGUCCAGUAACAACCUCACUGGGACACUGCCGAAUUUUGCCGAUUGGAAUGUUAGCUCUGCUGGUGUUGUGUUCAAUCUGUCAAACAAUAUGUUCUAUGGACUUCUGAAUACUUCACUUGACAGGUUUAAAAUGAUUGAUUUAUCAAGUAAUUUUUUGGAAGGUGAGGUGCUAGGUGGUGGUGGUGGUGUUAGUAAUGUUGAUCUAGAUAGAAAUUGCCUACAGAGGAUUCCAAACCAGAGGAAUUUGGAAGAUUGUAGAAUGUUUUAUGAUAAAAGAAAUUUAUCCUCUGCAUUCCCAGAAUCUGAGUCCAGAAGCCGCAGACGGGUGAUAUUCAUGCUGGUAGGAAUAUUUGGUGGGCUUGGCUUUAUUGUGCUGCUGGCAUUGGUCCUCAUGCUUGUUCUAAAACAAUGUCACAAUCGGAAAAGCUUGGAAGUUCCAAGGGAGACCAAAGAUGGGGGGGCUGUUGAAGAAGGGGAAAGUCCUAUACCUCCGAAAGAUAUUGACUUUGUGACUGGUGUGGGAGAAGCAUAUAGUUUUGAGCAAAUGCUCCGUUUGACUGGCAAUUUCGCUGAAUCAAAUGUCAUAAAGCAUGGUCAUUCUGGGGACCUCUUCUUGGGAGUCUUGGAAGGUGGAGCAACUGUGGUUGUCAAAAAGGUAGAUUUGAAUUUAUUUAAGAGAGAAUCGUAUGUUGUGGAAUUGGGACUAUUAAGUAAGGUUCCACAUGCAAGAUUGGUUCCAAUCCUGGGCCACUGCUUGGACAAUGAAAAUGAGAAAUGCAUAGUUUACAAGUACAUGCCAAAUCGAGAUUUAGCUACUUCCUUGCACAGAGUCACUGGUUCAGAUGGUAAAAUACAGUCCCUGGAUUGGAUCACGAGAUUGAAAAUUGCGAUAGGAGCUGCUGAAGGCAUAGCUUACCUACAUGAGUGCAGCCCUCCCCUUGUCCACAGAGAUAUCCAAGCUAGCAGUAUACUACUUGAUGAUAAAUUUGAAGUGCGACUAGGAAGUUUGAGUGAGGUUACUGCCCAAGGAGAUCUUCAACAAGGAGUCAUCUCAAGGGUUUUCAGCAAGCCACCAUCUUCUAAUCAAGCCGAUUCUGGUAAAUCACCAGUGACAUGCACCUAUGAUGUCUACUGUUUUGGGAAGAUUUUACUUGAGCUCAUUACCGGUAACAUUGAAGUCAGCAAGUCAGAUGAUGCCACUACAAAGGAGUGGUUAGAGCAAACCUUGCCUUACAUCACUAUAUACGAUAAAGAACGGGUGACUAAGAUUAUUGACCCAUCAUUGAUCGUGGAUGAGGACCUAUUGGAAGAGGUAUGGGCUAUGGCAAUUGUGGCCAAUGCAUGCUUGAAACCCAAGCCUUCCAAACGUCCUCCUAUGAGACAUGUCCUGAAAGCAUUGGAAAAUCCAUUGAAGAUUGUGAGAGAAGAAAAUACUAGCUCAGCAAGGUUGAGAACAAACUCUUCUAGGAAAUCUUGGAGCACUGCAUUCUUUGGUAGCUGGAGGCACAGCUCAUCAGACAGUGUUGUUGCCACAAACAAAGAGGGUUCAAAUGACACUAAAAAAUCAGGAAAAGUAGGUUCUCAAAGUAGUGGAAAUGAUCACUCUUCUUCCAAUAAAAGAUCGUCCAAUGAAAUUUUCCCUGAACCAUUGGAAAUACAAGAUGUGGAGACAGGAGUGACAAGAUAACCACUUGUGAAAUGGGUUUGGUUAUUCUUUAGUCUGUGAGAUUUUUUUACCACUUUCUCGGAUAAUUGGUGGUGCCAUAGCAAUUGCUUGUUAUUAGCACGUCAGACUCCACCCAGCAUCCAUUAUGGUCCAUAUUGAAGCAACGGAGUACCAUAAUACUGCUAUUGAUAGCUUUUGCUUUCCAAAGCUUAGAUUAAGCAGUACAGAUUGAAAUGCCUGGUAUGAGAGCUCCAAAAAAACUGAAUAAUUUUACUCAUUCAAUAGAUUGUUUGAAACACACAGCCCUCUCUUAGGUUAAAAGUGUGUGACAAAAUGAAAAAUAAUGAAAGGGUUUUCAUUUUAAUGAGUAAUUGUAAGGGGGAAAAACGUUGUUACUCAGCUUUUCUUUGGUAGGUUAUAUGUAUUUAGCAUUGUAAAUCUUCUUGAGCUCUGUAGCAUUUGCCCUAAUCUUGAGUGUUGAAAGUUAAUCUUUUUGCGCUUAAGAAAAACACAAAAUGGUUAAUUGGUUGAGUUAGUUAAGUUUAUUAGUUAGUUCUUUAGCAUGUGUCAUUAGUUAGUACUAGAUUGAUUGGUUGGAAGUCAUGUGCUACUAGAGGUUCUCUGUGUAAGUUCAUGAUGUGAUUAUUGAAACACAACUUUUACAAUUCAGUAAUUCUACUUUUGUUUUAAAAA